GCCACAUUUGAAUGUAAACAUCAAUCUCUCUUUCCUAACUUGAAAGCUUGUGAUUAAUUAUUAUUUAGUUAGUCCAAUAAACAGUAUCACAUCUCCUUCUCUUUGUCUAUCAUCCCUGGACUGAUACGACUACCAUUUCUAACAGUCCAUGGUAUUAGAAGGGUGUGACAUCACUAGUUUAAUCAUAAUUGGAAGAACAUGUUCCAGCUUAGUUACAUACUGAUCACCAUUUUAUCAUUCAGGCAACAUUUUAGUGGCAGGUUGGUUAACAAACUGAAAAACUAAAUUGAAAUUUAAAAUUUCAACUGUUAAAAGUUAUAAUGUAUAUGCAAUACAUAGCCGUUUUGUGUUACCACUUUGUGUCAUUGUUCAAUGUAUUUGGAUAAUUUUGAGAAGGAAAACAUACUGGUAUUUCAGUUUUGUCAGAAUACUAGAACGCUCUGAAUAAUAGUGUUUUGUUCCCAUGGUGACGGAAAUUCCAAUCCCUCCUGCUCAAGAGACCUAGCAUGCCCCUAAAUAGACAACAGGAGGCACCCCUAGUUUGAACCUCACAUAUCAAGAGAUUGCACUGCAGGAGGAACAUCAGGAGAACACAUAUUGGUUUUGUAUCCAGAGCUGAUCAUGACUACUGAUCCAUGGGUGGGAACCUGGAGGCCGCAAAAGCCUCUAAGACCCAUUGGAGCACAGUACACCAGUCCAGGACCAAAGUAUGGACUGCCUUCUGCAACAGGAACCAUCAAGCAUGACCCAACAAAAAACAAAGCCCCUGCUUAUUCUUUCGGUAUUCAGCAUGUCAGGUAUAACACCGACAGUUCUCCAGGUCCAAAGUACUUUGUGUCAAGCAAAAUGACAAGAAUGGGCAAGGAUGCCUUCCCCGCCUAUACCAUGUGUUUCCGGAGCAAGGAACCCAAGAAAGCAAAAACACCUGGUCCAGCAACCUAUUUUCCAGAAAAAGCUAUAAAGUGUUCCUAUAAUACGCCACCAGCUUACACCAUGGGCAGCAAGACAGAACACUUUGAAAUGGACAGUGUGCCAGGGCCAGCUGAUUACAAAAUACCUACAACGCUGGGAAGAAAUUUACCAGUCAAGUCCUCGGCACCCUGUUAUUCAUUCGGAAUUAAAAGCAAUUUAAACAUUGCGAACAAGGGUCCAUCACCUAACACUUAUAAGACUACAAACCUUAAUGUCUAUAAGUGCACCGCCCCUCAGUACAGCAUGUCAAGCAAAGCUGGGAUGCCUAGUGGUUCAGGAAAUACACCUGGACCCGCUGACUACAAAACAGAAAAGGUGACCUGCAAUAAGUAUACUCAUCCUGCAUUUACAUUUGGUGUUAAACACUCCGAAUAUAUGGCACCAUUAGUUAUUGCUAACUGAACCUGUAAAUGUGUUUACACUGUACAAGAUAUUUUGUUACAAGAGAUUAUUGUUAUAAAUGUGUUAAACUGUGUUCGAAAUGAAUUUUCAUUGUGAAGUGUUUAAACUGUAAUCGUAACUCAGAGUUACACAUUAAAUAUGUUAUGCUUU